UCGGACUCUACAACUUCACAAUGAAGACAUAAAACAUGAUGACGGUCAUAAUAUUCGGCUUGACAUGUCAGCCAUAUUUAGGGCUCUGCUGUGUAGACGAAUUAUUCCUCAUGCUCAGAUAGGGUCGGGAGGGAUGUCGCAUGCAGGGCAAGCACGAAACUCAGCGAGAAAUUGCGUGCUCACAACUUCCACCUUCGCAACCUGUUUAUGAGCACCAGGUAACUUCAGCAACAGAGCACCUGCUCAAAUGUCCGAGUAUGCAUAUAUUUGAACGACACAUCAAAACAAUCACAAGUCAUGCCUUCCGCAGUCGACCCAGAAUCUCCAAGUGUCCCCAGAUGGAAGAGGCCAGUACAUACGACCAAGCAGCUUGACUGGGCGGACAUCAAGAUCAUUGACCUCUCGAAGUUCGACCUGCCAGGCGGUAAGCAAGAUUUGGCCGAGGAACUCAGAGAUGCUGUACACACUACUAGCUUCUUCAGUGUCAUCGGCACAGGUCUCACGCAGGAAAAGGUGGACCGGCAGUACGACAUAGGUCAAGCCUACUUCAACUUGCCUCUGAAAGAGAAGGGCGAUACAGCCUAUCGUUGUGAUUUUGCAAACGGGAACUACUUUGGCUAUCGUGCGGCAUUCGAGAAGAAGAUCAUGGGGACCGACGUUCUAGAUAAUGUGGAAUCAGUCAACAUUCCCAAGUUCAUCCCGUCGAACAAACACGAGCCAUUUCACCCCUACCUACGCCAGUUCCGCACAGAAGUUGAAGAGUUCUCGAGAAGCUCUCUAGAGAUUGCUUCGAAAAUCUUUAUCCUAUUCUCAAUCAUCCUUGAAUUGCCCGAAGACUACUUCUCGAAACGACAUUCCUAUAACGACGCCUCAGAAGAUCAUCUAAGGUACAUGAUCUAUCGCCCACGCCCUGUUGAAGACGAUGCUAGGGUGGAGAACACAUGGUCGCGGGCGCACACAGAUUUCGGUUCAUUAACUCUCUUAUGGUCUCAAGAGGUCGCCGGACUUCAGCUCAAGACUCAAGCAGGCCAAUGGAAGUAUGUGCCACCCGUCAGCAAUGGCAUUAUUUGCAAUGUUGGUGAUACCCUGGCAUUCUGGUCUGCCGGGUACCUGAAGUCAACGAUCCAUCGAGUUAUCAGGCCACCAGAAGACCAGGCACACAUCCACCGCCUAGGACUCUUCUACUUUGUCAGACCGGGCAACAAUGUCGACAUCAAGCCAGCUCCUUCGCCUUUGUUGAAGCGCUUGGGACUCGUGGCAGAGGAUCAAGAAGAUGCGGAGCCAGUGAAUGGCUUAGAGUACGUGAGAGAGCGUGUCAAGAAUUACCACAAUCACAACGAUUAUGCCGACAUGAGAGGAAAGAAAUUCAAGAUCGGUAAUCUGGAGAUCGAAGAUGAAGCCGCAUAAGUUGAAGUGAGUUGAAAUUAGUGCUUGAAAUAAGAAUAUCUACAACGACAAGUAAGGACUGAAGACA